UGACGGAUUUCUUUUUCUUUUGCAUUCGGAAAAUCAAAGGCCAGAAAACUUCAACUUAGCUGCGCCAUUUUUUAGUCUCUGCCCGUCACGAGUAGUAGCUAUCUUGCUCGUCCCGUGGUCUUGCCCGUCACGACCCUUAGCUUGUCCCAGGCCAGCCCAGCCAGCAAAGUAAUCUUGCAGCCAGCACUUGUAUUUAGCCCAAGUUUAGGAUCGCCGAGUGCUUGGCGUGCUGAAGUUGGGUUUGAGUUGAAAGCUGAAAUAUUAGCUGGCUGUGGAUCUAAAUAGCGUAGUGCUGCUUUGACAAGCUGUAAUGUGGUCGUUUUAUAUCAAUUAGUCGCUUCGACGCUUCGCUUCCAUAGAUCAUUGCUAUAUCUGGACGGAACAUUUUAACCGACCUAUAGUUUCAUCAGCAGAACGUUUUGUUUGAGCGGGUUAUUCGAGGCGAUCGAAUAACCCGGACAGAAAACCAACCCGAAAAGUGAUGUUUGUUCGGCUGUUUGUCAUAUGUGCCACGCAGCUGUCUUUUGUGGUCACAACAGACUAUUGCACCGAAGGGAAGUGUGGAUCUACGCACACACUAUGCAAAUACCCCGAAGAAACUCCCGGAGAAAAAUGCCUCUCGAUGUCGGGCUCCGGUAUCAAAGCUGAGGAGGUGGAAAGCCUCCUGCACCUUCACAACAAGCGGAGAGACCACGUCGCCGCCGGAAAGGAGUCGCGGACCCUCGGCGGGGCGCUGCCGCAGGCGGCCAACAUGGGCGCUCUGACGUGGGACAGGGAGCUGGCUCGCGCGGCGCAGCGCUGGGCGCUGCAGUGCACCAUCGAGCACGACCAGUGCAGAGACAUGCCCGGGAUGCCCGUCGGACAGAGUCUGGCCUUCAACGGCAACACCAAGCAGCUGCCGUCCAACGUCACACAGCUGGCCUCGAUGUGGUACGAGAACGAGGUGGCCUCGUACGACACCCAGGGCAGCUCCGCCUUCCACUACUCGAUGGAGACCAGCCACUUCACCCAGUGGAUCUGGGCCCGCUCCUACAAGCUCGGCUGCGGAUAUUCUGGAUUUCAGGACGGCAAGAUGCACAAGCACCUGUUGGUCUGUAACUACGGGCCCGGUGGGAACAUUGAGGAGCACGACCUGUACCUGGCUGGUGCGCCGUGCUCCAAGUGUCCCAACGGUACCACCUGCGGCGGGGACGCGCGCUACGCGAACCUGUGCAGCUCGGACAGCGGAGAGGUGCCCGACCUGCCGGACGAGGACAUCGUAUGGGUCUCCGGGUCAGCCGCGCCCACCGGCACUCCGUCAGUGGGACUGCGCUGCGUGAUUGUGGCCGUAUGUGUGACUCUGCUCGUCAGCGGCCGUAAGCCAGACUAAUGGUGGCCGGUGGAUAUACAUACACUACCGUAUUUACAAAUAGCUGACGCUCAAUGAAAGGCGGCCGAAAAGUGUUGCUGGAGGUUGGAACAGUCCUAUAUUAUAGUAAGUAGUAACCCUAUGUUUGAGAAAUACGCAAUGGUCUGCACUAGUCGCUCAUUGGUCGAUAUUAUUCUGGCAAACUGUUUAUUAUGCUUUCAUGCACUCGAGCCGAUUAAGUGAAAAUGGGAGGAGAAAUAUGUGCUGGAACUAAAAAGGUGCCGUCGAGAUGCCGUUUCUGCUUGACAGAGUAAAGUAGACGUGAUGGAUGGGUCAGAUGUCUUAUGACUGCCCUACAUAGUGGAGAACAUAUGAUAAUGUGUAGCUAGUUAUUGCGCCGUUUACCGUUGCCACGCCAUUCCUGUGCUCGUUCCAAUAUCCACCAUUAUCCGAUGUGUGCCUGCCCAGUGCCCAGUUGUCCAAUGCCCAGCACAAAGCAGCUGCAAAGGUUUAUUCUGUUCGUUUGGCAGUUUCUUUCUAACAGCGGGAUCCUGCGGAGCGUUGGAUAGACUGUGCCGCAAUACAUGCCUGUCAGGCGGGACA